AUGUGGACGUCGAUUGUGGCCAAGCUCGAUGCGCGUCUGGAGACGGCGGGCGCGCCCAGCGAGUCGGUUGUGGCACUCGUGACGGACCAGCUGCAGGACGUGCUCUUGCACGCGUACCAGGUCGAAGGCCUCCGCUGGCUCCUGCAGCGCGACGCCGCCGGCCUCAACGUAAUCGUCGGCGACGAGAUGGGCCUCGGCAAGACGCUGCAGACGAUCGCGUUCCUGUGCUACCUCGUAUCGACCAAGUCGCUUAUGGCGCCGAGCCUUGUCGUCGCGCCGCUGAGCGUGCUGCCCAACUGGGCCGAGCAGAUCGGCCGCUUCGCCCCGCACCUGCGCGUCGUGACGUACGCCGGCAGCAAGGACGAGCGCACCGCCGCGCAAGCCAAGAUUGCGACCACGAGCCCGCAUGUGGUGCUCACGUCGUACGAGCUCGUGCUCCUCGACACGGGGUACUUUAAGACGCUGCCGUGGGUCCUUGGCGUCUUUGACGAAGGCCAUCGACUCAAGAACCCGAAAGGCAAGCUGUACCAAGCUCUCUGCGCCGACAUCUCGUUUGAUCGGAAGCUCCUCUUGACGGGCACACCCGUGCAGAACAACAUGCUCGAGCUCGCCGCGCUCCUCGCGUUUUUAAACCCGAGUGUCUUUACCGAGGACGUCGUCGAGCGCUUCGUCGCGGCCAAUUUGGCGCCGGCGACGCUGCGGGCUCUCUUGGCGCCGCUCAUGCUGCUGCGCACGGUGGCAGACGUCAAGUCGACGCUGCAACUGCCGCCGCUCUCCAAGGUUGUCGUCCACACGCGCAUGGCGCCAAUGCAGCGAGCAUACUACAAGGAGAUCGUCUCGAAAGGCUCGGGCGACGGGCCCGGCGUCUCGCUCAUGAACAUCCUCGCGCAGCUCCGGAAGGCGUGCAACCACCCGUACCUGUUCCCGAACGCCGAGCCGGAGCCGUUCUCCGAAGGCCCGCAUCUGUACGAGAACAGCGGGAAGCUCCACGUGCUCCACGCGCUCUUGCCGGCGCUCCACGCGCAAGGCCACGUCGUCUUGCUUUUCUCGACGUCUACCGCCUUCCUCGACAUCAUCCAGGACUACUGCACGAUGGCCAAGCUCUCUUACGAGCGCCUCGACGGCUCCGUGCGCGGGGAAGAAAGGUGGCAAACCAUUGAUCGCUUCCGCAAGCGCGACGACACGUUCUUGUUUCUGUUGAGCACGCGCGCCGGUGGCGUUGGCUUGAACCUCCAGCGCGCCGAUACGGUGAUUUUUUGCGACGUCGACUACAAUCCGCAAAUGGAGCUCCAGGCGCUGGCGCGGGCUUAUCGCAUGGGACAAACCAAGCCGAUUCACGUGUUGCACUUGAUCUGUCAGCACUCGGUGGAAGAGCUCAUCUAUAAACGGUCCCUCGCCAAGCUCGAGCUGUCUCAAAAAGUGCGCGAAGCCUCCAAGCUCCACCUGCACGUCGACGACACCAACCCUGCGUGUCUCGAUGGGCUUCCGAACGACGCCGUCCUCGCGUAUGGUCUGCAUCAUCUUUUGGAGAGCUCGGACGAGGCGCUCGCACCGCUCUCCGCUGACGAGAUUGCGGUGCUGCUUGAUCGCACGGCGCCGCUAGAAGCUGCCGCCCCUGCCAUCUUGGCCGACGUCGCCGUCGACAACAUGUACUGCUUCGAAGGCACCGACUACUCGGGCCAAGACGCGGCGUGCCUCAAGACCCUCAAGGCCACAACGCCUACCAAGACGUCCCGUAAAGGAGCCAAACUCAAGGUCCAGUACGAGGACGACGAAGGCGGUGUCGACGUCGAUAUGGAGGAAACGGAGGAGGAGCGGGCGGCGCGCAAGCAAGCUGCGCUGGCCAAGAAGCUCGCUAUGUGGGCCAAGAACCAAUACACGUCGCACGCGCUCGACCCUUGCGACGACGACGCGGCCAACGAAACGAACGAGAUGGAGCUGGCAUACACGACGGGCAACGCGGCGACGGUCCAACCCGCGGGCGCACAGCCUCUCGUGAUCGUCCACUGCGUCGACACGAGUGGCGCCUGGACGCCGCGCGGCUUCUUUGGCGCGCUCUCAAGCCGGUCCAGCGCGCCCGAGACCGUGUACGCGGCCGCGAAAAAGUGCCAGGACCUCAAGCUCGGCCAGGCCCACUGCGUUCCGAUCAGCGACAGCGUGUACGUCUGCCUCCUCGUUGUGCAGUCAUCAGCCAAGUCCAAGCUUAAACUGCGCACUGCCAAAACGCUCGCCUUCCGCCUCAACGCGCUGCAGGAGUCUCUCAAGGCGCUCGCAGGCUUUGCGCGAGCGACCGGCGCGUCCGUGCACAUGCCUCGCCUCGGCGCCGGCACGCCGGGCUUCAACUGGUACGCCGUCGAGCGCCUCCUAAAGAAGCACUUGGUCCGCUGCGGCGUCGAGACGUCGGUCUACUACUACAAGCCUCCGCACAAGAAGCCCAAGGCUGCACCGUAAACG